CUACAACCAGUGAAAGGGGCAGUUCAAUUUUCUAUGUGAUACUUGACAAAAGAAGUGUCUUGAGGUUCGUUUUGAUAGGUGCAAAAAUGCUCUUUACGCUUCCUUUUUUUUCCAACCACCAUCACCAAAGCAAGCUUGCACACAUAUUCAACAAAAAUAAGAGAAAGAUGAAGCUUUCAAUGAUUCUCUUUUCCAUCAUUGUCAUUGUUUCUACAAUAAAUGUCAAUGCUGCCCCAAACGGUGUCAUCACAAGUAUUCAAAUUGCCCGUGAUGGCUCUGAAGCAAGUAAAGCAGUCAUUAUUGGCCGCGAUUACGAUCCGCCACCCUGUACGUGCAAGUGUAUCGGGGGAGGAUAUAUAGAAUGUAAAUUUUGUGACGAAGUUUGUGGAAUGGAUUUUCUUUCAUAAGUGCUCUCUAUGCGAUAAUGUACCUAUGACAAUGAACAUAUG